AUGUCCCCAAAUGGAUCCGAUGGAAGUGCUGGGACAGACGACUCUCGCGAUCCUGACGAGACUUUCUCCCAGUCCAGCAUGGAUACGAACGAUGAGGAUGUCAUAACUUAUGAUAUCGUUUACUCCGCUUCAGUUGCCCAUGCACGUCGACAAUACGAAGGUGAUUAUGUGAAGUUCAAGUGGAUUUCAGGACCACACCCAGCCGAGGAAUCGGCUUCCGUACCAGAUGGAGGCAGCGAAACCGAGUACAAGGUGUAUUUCAGUUAUGGAGACUGGAGAGGAAAAUACAGUUGCAACGUUGGCCAUGACCAGAAGACGCUCUCAAGUUUCGAAUACCACUGGAUGAAGGAUGAGAUGUACAAAGAAUCUUCCUUGGACAACGAUGCUGUCUCGCUCAAACUCGUUCACACGUUGGAUGAGAAUGAGUAUGCAUUCCUGAAGAUUGAUGUUGAUUGUGGCUACAGCGGCUGUGCUCCCGAGUACCUGAUGUGCUGGGCGAAGAGGCGUCAUCAUGAAGCAGAAAGGCCAGGAGAACUUACGGAUGAGCAGUGGGAUCAAUUGCAAGCACGAUCUAGUUCGGAUGAGGAUAAGGAUAAGGAUAAGGAUAAGGAUAAGGAUAAGGAUGAGGAAGAGGAAGAUGAUUCAGACCAGGGCUGGUCAGCUUGCUGUUGA